CUUCCUUUGGCAUAGCAACGUACUAAGCUUGCGAUUUUUCCAAAAUUUUCUCCUUUACCAAUGGAGUCUCAAAAGAAGAAGUGGAAAAAGUGUAUCAGAAUGUAAAAGCAUGAGCUCUUAUUGGUGUCAUGGCCAAUAAAUUCCCUUCAUGCGAAGACCAGGGAGACGAGGACAACAAAGAUGUACCAAGUGAGGACGAGAGUGGAAUACUGUUCUAUGUGAACAAAGAUGGUUUUCCUAUUAGUAAGAAAACUUGGGAAAGAAUGUGGCGUCAUGUGGAGAAAAUACAUCCGAAGGGAGCACAAGUUGUGCACAGUGUGCGAGAAAGUGAACACCUAGCAAAGGCAAGGCGCCAAUUUGAUACAUGUUUGAGAUCUUACUGGGAACAAAAAAUCAUAAAUUAUGAGAACCUCAUGAGUAAAAUUUAUAUUAUAAGUAUAUACUUACAUAAAACUGAAAUUUAAUUAUUAUCUCAACUAUUGCAGACUAUUCGUUUCAAAAUCAAAGUUAUCACAAAAACUGUCGUUAAUAGCUGUAAUGCUGAGUUAGUUUAUGCCGCCAAAAUAUAUUUUCAAAGACAUAAAACUUAUUUUUGCUUCUCCAAAACAACCUAUUGAUGUGACCUCAAUGUUUCAAUGUUAACUGAAUGUAGGUUCCAUAUGUAGCUGUACCUGUGUUUACACCAGUCAUGUCAGUGGAGGAGAAGCUAGGAUUGAUUCAAAACUACCUACAGCAACUGCAGUAUCCUUGUAACAACAUCACGACAUUGAUUACGAAGUCUUAGCAGUCAAAUUGUGUCUGGUUUGAGCAAAUUUCAUGUUUCUUCCCCAAGUGCGUUGUCUACAAUCUCAUUCCCCUGAGUGGCUCAAAUUCUUGCUUGUAUUCCUAUCCUAGUCAUGGAGGUUCAUGACCCUGAAUGUUGAAUUGUAAUGUUACAGACAAGUGCAUAGAAAUAUGAUUCCAAGUUUGACGUCAUUUGGAGAGUUUUCACUGAAUUUCAGAUAUGGCCACUUACUAGGAAAGUUUACCGUCUGUGAGCUAAGUGAUCACCUUGUGGUCCUCUGCAGAGACCAGAGCACAUGCACUUAUUCACAACUUAUGCAAAACCUAUAUAUUAUGGUCUAUUGCAUCUUUAAGAGACUUGUAGACUGCAGAUUUUUACAGGCUUCUUUUAGGGCUAUGCGGCAAACUUUUCUUCUUUGACUUGUCUUAACUAUAUUGAAUUUUUUAACAUGGCUGUCACAGAUAUAAUCAUACAGGGACUCAAUUUUUUGAGAUUAAGAAGUGGAGACCAUUGACAGGGUACUGUUACCAAUGUUUGUGUCUCUUUUGGAUAAUGAUUAAUCUGAUCCCCAAAUGGCUUGUGGUAAGAUCCAAAAAUGGCAUGGAAAAUAGUGAAUUAGGCCACAUGCCUUUCAGCUCUUUAAUAUUCCAGAUUUGACAGCCAAUUUUCUGAGAUUAUAACAUUUGCUAAACUAUACUUUACUAGACUCAUUCAUUUGAUAAUGAGUCCAGAAAAUUGUGUGUUUCUUCGUCAGUUAAUUGAAAUAUUUCUUGAUUUUUGAGAUGUCUGUUUUGUAGUGUUUGAGUUGAAAAGGAAAAUAACUGAAUUACAGACACGCUUAGCUCUUCAUUAGAAUAUGAUAUUAAGUGCUCUGUUAGAGUACAGACAUGCAGUUAAAUAGCACACAAAAAUUGCCACAAUACAUGAAAUGCAUUUUCUCAAUAUUUUACUGAAAAGGUUGUACCAUGUGAAGUUACUCUAUGAUUAGCAAAGAAUUUUUGUAUCUCUACAGGUUGAUGGAUACAGCAAGGGAAAUUAUAAAAGAGUCCUUACCCAUUAAAUGCCUUGAAGCUGUUAUUGUAGGAUUGUAUCCUUUACUCUUGUACAUGUAAGCUUUCUCUUGCAGAGUGUUUGUUGGGCAUCUCAUGAGAGACAAUUCCCCAACUACCAUACAGAAUUUGGAAUUCAUUGACUUAAUUUUAAUGGCCUGGUCUUAAUUUGUCUACAGAUGAGGAGAAUAUCCACUCAAUUAUUCUGCUGCUUCAUUUCCAAAUGGAAACUCUGUCCUUAAGUGGUGACAGAUUUUUUUAGUUUUGAAUUGAGCUUAUUGCUCUAAUGAAUUAUAGCUGUAUUAUUAACAAAGGAAUCAAACAUUGGACACUUAACAAAAAUGAAAGGUAUUUUACAUGUGGUAUGACUGAGAUGCAGCGGUUUACCAUCAGUUUUAAAACACAGUUCAAUGGACGCUACUACAGGUGAUAACCAUUAUGCAAACUAAGCAAGCUAAGGUUGUUUGAAAAGGAUCAUUGGAAAGUAAGCUGCUGAGGUUGCAAAACGAUCUGAAUGAAGCAAUAAUUUCCCUAGCAUCUGAGCUUUAAUUUCCAAGAUUAUUACAACUGAUUAACAUAUAAUCAAUAUGUCCUUUUCAGAUAGGGACUGACAAAACUUUUUUUUCCAUUUGUGUGAAUGACUUGUUUAUUUACGCAAUAGACUGUGCUUCUAUCAAUUUUUCAGAGCAAUAACAAGAGCUGGGGGCAAGUGCUCCUAACAUCCUAAGUGGUUAAUUACACCAGGAAACUGAUAGAAAGUGUAGUCUAGUGCUUUUAUAAUUUUAAUAAUAUUAACUUAAAAUCAAACAUGAUAUGUUUAAAUUUUCUAUGGGUUUACUGGUAGAAUAUAUGAUAGGUUUUUGACCAGUUAGGGCACUCAUACUAUCUCAAUCUACUACUAUCUUAAUCCUUCAACUCCCAAGAUCUGAUUGUUAAUUCUCCCCUCUCACUUCUACACAUUACCUUGUUAACUAGGUAGUUAUGAGAAUUUGGUGUGGGAGCAAGGUAACAUCUUCUGCCUGAUUAAUUUGUGUAUUCUUAUAAAGUGUUUGUUGGAUAAUGUAUGGAUAUUUUAGGGAGAGGUUACAUGUCAAUCACUUCUGGAAGUUAAAGGGUUAACAUAAAUGUAGUUUGAUUCUGCCCCAAAAGUAGUUGUUAUUUGUAUUUUUGUUGUUGUCUUUGUUUUUUUUUUAAUGACUGUGGCUCAUCUUUAGGCAUGUGGUGCUUGGAGUACACUACAAUGGCAAAUUUGGGACAUUGGGAUUAAGCAGAAGAGAUGACCUCAUGUUCAAGCCCUUGAAAUUUAAAGUACACUUUAAGACAUGACACCUUUAAUUGUGCUUUGCUCUUUUACUCAUUACACUGCUAUGGCUGCUAUGAGUUAUUACUGGCACUUAUUUUCCCCUUCUGUUAAUUCCUGUGUCUUAAACCAGGACCUUAAGACAUUUAGUUGAAAUUUAAUCAUGAGAUUGUAAGACAGAGCAAAAUACUGACUUUGUGGCUGACUGCAGAGGCAUAUGGGAUAUUAAGAUCAAAUUUGUAAGUAGCCAAACAUUUGACAUGACUGCCAAAUACAGUUUGAAUGUUUCUUCGACAAUUAAUUGCUAAGUACUUUGUAGUAAAGUUAAGAUUCAGGAAAUUUCUUGUAAUAAACCUUUGUCUAGUCACUUUGGUCAUAAAUAUUACUGUAAGUUGUACAUUUAUUGAACCAAGUGUCAUCUUCUCAAGACAUAUAGUGUGUUGAGACCAUCACUCAAAUUUCUCUUCUAUUCAUAGAAAUAUUGACCACUUAGAAAUAUUUUAUUUCUCUCUUCAACAGAGUCUCCUGGAUUUACUUGAUGACUUCACAAAGUCAUAUAACAAUUGUAUGUAGCUUCUUGUGCAUUGCUGUGUGUAGCUGACAUGGAAUGCUUUUUUGCACUCCAUAUGAACCUUCUCACAACUCCUUGUGAUUAUUAUUUUUGGUUUGUAAUAGCAAGGGUUCAUAACUGUGAGUUGCGAUAGAGAAAACCUAAUUUCAAGUUCUGUAUCAGAGCUGUUAAGUUAUUUCUAAUAAUGUUCCAUCUUCUUUUUAAUGAGGGGAACAUGCUGUAGUAAAACUAAUUCCAAUCAAGCCUUGAUUUGCGGAGAAGCUAAUCAUAAUAGUCCUCUCACACAAACAGCUCAAACUAAUUUCUCCUGAGUGACUGUGUAUGGGGGAAUGGGGAUUGUCUGUGAGGAGACAUUUUACCAACAGAUGUCUCUCUACAUGAGGAUAGGAGUACUAAUUUCAAAACUGUUUUUUUUUUCUUCAUUGCAGAUCUUCAUAAUGUAAAGAAAAUAAAACUGAGUCUUCCUGUAGUUCAUGAUAUUCACAGCUGUGAAAGAAUUCAGUGGAAGGUAAAAUUUAUGUUGAGCUCACAGUCCAUUACUGUUUUAGUUGAUACCUGUUUCUCUGCCAUGAAGAGACUAAGGAGCUGGACCACUCUAUUUAAAUAAGAUGCCAGACUAUUGCGAAUAAUCUGGGUUCAAUUGGUGCCAAUAGCUUCUGUGACUUUUUCCUGUUACCUACAUAAUUCUCUAAGGCUGACUAUAGCCACCAUUACUGUUCCAAAAUGCUUCUCUUGUAUCCCUGGCCCGAACAAGGACUUAAGAAUUUUUUUUCUCUUUUUUCAAUUGGGCUUCAGUUAGUAGCAUAUACUUAAAUUUGAAAGGCUUUAAGGUUUGCAUACUGUAAAUAGGUUUCAUUAAAAGUUGAAUGAUCAUCAGAAGAAAAGUAAUGGCUUGUACUUUGGCUCUCAUUGAUGAGCUUGCAAUUAGCCCUCCUACUUCCUCUAAUAAGUCCCGUAUCUAAAGGCCCUGGAAAUUAUGACUCCUUUCAAGGAACUUCUUGGAGCAAUCAUAGUUGUACUGUCUUAAUUUUUCUCUCUUUUUGACUGAUUUUUAAAGAAUCUUUGGUUAACUCUCUGAAUUUUUUCCUGUAGUACCUGACUUUGAGUCCACUGAAGACAAGUCAACCAGAAAUGAAGAGCAUCUUGGAUAGAUUCACCCGAGAAAUCAGAGUAUCGGUAAAACAAUGUUCAAGUGUGUUUUGAAUUCAAUAUCGCUAUAAGCAGCCUCUUCUCUAGUAAGAUCACUGUCUAAAACUGUAAGUGUGUAACAGAUCCCACCCUAAUAUCUCUCUCUCUCUCUCUCUCUCUCUCUGGUUUUGGCUUGGUUGCAAAAUAAACUUUUAUUUGAAAGCUUUUUAGUUUCUGUCUUGAGUUAUCUUGUUUUCAAUAAAUUUAGAAAAUCAAUUUAAAUAAAUUAUUUAAAUAAAUUUUUAAAUAAAUUUUAAAUUUUUCAGACAAUUCUAGAGAAAAAUAAUGAUUUGCGUUUUCUCUCAAUGAGUUUUGAAUUAGCUCUCCCUUUAAUGAGUCCCACCCCUUCCUUCCCAAGUAGAAUCCUUGGAAAUUGAUAGUAGAGUAGUUAUCCUCUAUCAACAAAGAUGACUUAUAAUCAUAGCCAUUCCAUGUUAAUAAUCUCAAAUUAAUGGUGCAACUUUAACCGUAAUUGUGUUUAUAGUUUCAUUCCUAUCAGAUCAGUUCUCCAAGGAAGCCUGACGCCUCCAGUACGCUGACUCAAACAGAGAAAGCAAAAGGUUCAACACAACUUUCACCGUAAGUAUUUUAGUUGCUCCAGACCUGUUUACAUUUGAAUGAAAAUAAUUGCAGUUCACUUGUCUCGACUGUGAACCUAACCCCUCAGUGAGACUUCCGUGUAGACGCCAAUUAACGUAGUAAGGGACUUAUAGUGGCGUUUUCAGAAUUACAUGACGCAAAGUAUGUGCGUGUAUUUUGUCAUCAGGCGGAAGGACAGACACACGCCAUCCAGUCCUUCGCGAGCGUACCAUGUCAGAGUAUGACGUUAUGUUGAAGUGGCAUCUGUCAAUCAUUCCCACUUCAUACUGACAUACCGCUGGUAACUUAUGACACAGCGUGGAACAGUCACAUGGCUCAACAGUAAAACCAACGACCACACUGAAGGAGAUUCCCGUACUUAGAAUACGUCGUAGAGCUGUUCCCAGGGGACUGGGCACGUUUUAAAAGUCUUUCAUACCAUCGAAGUCAUCGAAGUCAUCGAAGUCAGAAGGAUUAGGCGCCUUCGUCAGAGAGUGAAGUUUAUCACCUCGUUUUCUGACACAAGGAAACAUCUCUUUUUCUAGUCAACUCUUCAUUGAGGGCAAAUUACAGUUUUUCAUAUUAAAGUGUAUUAUAAAUAAACUCAAUAGACUGGAAAAAAUCGUUUCAAUCAUUUGUAACUACUCUUAAUCAUUUUUGAAGGAAAAAUUCUCACACGAAAACGGAAAAAAAUAUCCAAAAUUUCAAGCUUUCCUUCUUAGCUGUACCAUGCGUUAGUCACUCUAACCAUUUACACUCAAGCGAGUUAUAUCUUUAGACUUUUCCGGUCUUCAUCCUUUCUGAAAGGGAUUUUAAGUUUGUGCUAUUUUUGUAAACGUUUUAGGUGUAAUACAUGCAACCUUCCAAAUUUUUGCGUUAUGUUGCAGCGUACCCGACGUAUGCGAAUAUGCGGGGCCUACUUCGACGAAUGAAACCGUGC